AUGCCGCUGAAACAGAGAACAAUCGCUAUUAUGGGCUAUCGCUCAGUCGGUAAAUCUUCGUUGGUUAUACAGUUUGUUGAAGGUCAGUUCGUAAACUCCUAUGAUCCAACAAUUGAAAACACUUUUGUGAAAACGACUAAAGUUAACAAUCAAGAAUAUGACAUGAAAUUAGUCGAUACAGCUGGACAAGACGAGUACUCCAUAUUGCCGACACAAUAUUCUAUGGCCAUUCAUGGAUAUGUCUUUGUCUAUAGUAUUACGUCCCCAAAAUCAUUUGAAAUCAUUCAGAUAAUUUAUGAUAAAUUAUUAGACAUGACUGGCAAAGUACAUGUUCCAAUAGUAUUAGUAGGGCAUAAAAAAGAUUUGCAUAUGGACCGUGUUGUUACACAAGAGGAAGGACGGAAGUUAGCAGAUUCUUGGAAAGCUGAAUUUUUUGAAGCUUCAGCCAAGCAGAAUGAGGUAAAAUAA